CUCCACGGCGACGGCCGAUUGUGUCUUAGUACCCGAUCUCAGUCCGCAAGAUCUCCUGCUCCUCAUCAACAAUGCCUCAGAGUACGAACGGAUCAGUGAAUUCCGUCUCUUCUGGCGCUUCUGGAUCCUCCAGACGCUCUCGACGCUACCACACAGUCAACCAAUCAUCGGGCGCUGACGAAUUACUAUUCGGAGAACCGGCUAGGACGCAGCAAAUGAGCGGCAACAGGCAAAAACCGCCUUCACCGCCGACGAAAAAGAGUAGGAGGUCGCGUGCUGGAGGUGAUCCGGAGGUUGUGCGAGUGGUGACGAAGGAUUUGAUCCGAACUAUCAAGGUUCCUGUGCAGGAGGAUCCGUCGGGACAUUCGGUGAUUAUUCAUGGUGGAGAGUAUACUCGUAUUAAGGCUGCCUCUCGUGUAUUAUCUCAAGAUGAACGUGAAGCAAUGCGUGAAGAAGCUAAACAACUCAAACUACAGCAACAAGAAGCUUGCGUCGAACGCAAGAAGGCAAUGGAGCAACUAGAGAUGACAAGAAAUCGCGAUGCUCGUCCUUCAGACCUGGAACAAGAAGCCGUUGAGCAGUCACAGUACUUGUUGAGUAAAGCAAGGGAGCAGAUGGAGGAACAAGAAGACGAGAUUAAGAAACUCAACGAACUAAUUCUGAAUGCCAAGUGUCAUACCAUCAGAGAUGCACAGCUGGAAGAGAAACGGACAGUCGUUAAAGAGAUGAAAGAAGAAGACCAACGGCUUGAUGCAAUGAUGGAGGAAGAGCGUCAAGCAGCUCUAAAGGCGUAUGAAGAAAGAGAACAAAGACGACGUGAAGAGCGGCUGAGGGGUGCUUUGACUCUACAUGACCAAAUUGAGGGUCGUGAACAGCAGCGUGUGUUGGAUGAGGAGAAACGCGACCAGGAGCAGCGAGCUAUGCUGCAGUACUUGGAAAGAUUGAAGUUGGAAGAUAUGGAGAGUUUAGAAAAGAAGAGGAAGACACAGCUUGCGUUGAUGGAGGAUGUCGCAAAGGCAAAUGAAGAAAUCCAACGACUGAAACAACUGGAAACCGAACAAGAAAAACUUGCAGAGAAGAAGGUGGUUGAAUAUCUCAAAGCAAAAGAGGAACGAGAGUUGGCAUAUCAGAACGAACUGGAGAGGCAGCGCAUUGAGAAGGAGAAGGAAAUUGCACGUUUGAGGGCUUUGCAGGAACGUGCACAGGACAAGCAAGCAGAAAAGGAUGCUCUGAGAGCCAAGAGACAUCAAGAGGCAUACGAAAGAGAGUGGAGACAGAAGGAGAAAGAUGCAACCCUGAUGAAAUGUCAGACUGAGCAGAUGCUCAAGCAAGCUAGAGAACACCAAGUUCUAAACAAAGAACACUUUCUAGCAGUGCAGGCACAACAAGACCGAGCAGAGUUUGAACGCGUUCUAAGAGCUCAAGAGGCUGCUGUAAAGAGGGAUGAACGGAGUCAACGAGUGUCUCACGAGAAGCGAACCAAGCAUGCUUCUGAAGUUCGACGCCAGAUAAGGGAGAAGGAGAAGGACAGAAUGACAGACAGAAAGUCAUUCUUUGAGGAGGGCAUCAAGCUGGAUCAGGAGGCGAAAGAGAGGAAAGAAAAACUGAAUGAGAUCAAGAUGAGAAAGCUUCAAGAAUUGAGAGAUGCUGGCGUACCGGAGAAAUACUGCGCCGAAGUGAGUCGACGAAUUCACGCACCUCCCGCCACAUUUACAAUGUCCUAGCCCUCGCAAGCAACCUCUACGUUGCACAUCAACGAACACACAGUAUAUCAACAGAUCUAGACAAUAUCGACCUAGUGUUGUACACACUUAACUAUAUAGAGUCUAGACACUUUGUUGUCGUACAGUUAGUCGAAUAGAUAUCAUCUUAUUCUA